AUGACGCGGCCUGAAUACCUGGAGAAUGUUAUAAUAGAUUGUCAAAGCAGAAAUGAGCGUUUACAUUGUCUAGCUGAAAGUUCAGACUGUUCAAAAGGUGCUCUGGAACCAAGUUUUACAAACAGAACGAAAAAGUUGAAGAAAACUCAGACUAUAAAAUUAGACUUCAACCGUUUUGAGCUACUUCCAAAAAAUUUGUUUUUUUUUGAAUUCCUCAAAACGUGCAUAUCGCUUCAUACGCGCAUUGUCUGCGUUCAUGAAGUCUUGGCGUGUCAGGCCGUAGUGUACGAUAUGCCCUCCCGUUCUCCUAUCCAACCACUCUCCAAGUAUGGACGCUACGCAUGCUACUGGGAUGUUGUGCUGUGUGAUCCUGUGUCUCAAGGCAUUUUCUCUCAUCACCGCUUUUCUAAAUCUUGUCUUGUCUACAAAAAAAAUUCACGCGAAGGCGCUUGGAGGCGGAUGCUCCACGGUCGAUUUGUCGUCUUGCAGUGGUGUGGCCUUCGCGCCAUAUAUCCUCAUGGCCAAUAG